CUGGCCGCAAACAUUGCCGCGGUUGUCCAGCUGGCGGCUGAGAUCACAAAACUGAGCUACACCUACGUCCGCGAGGUCAAAAAUGCACCAAAAGUCCAGAAGCAAUAUUUACAAGAAAUAUCUGGACUCAUGGAUGUUCUUUUCCGAGUCGAGCAAGUCAUUACUGAAACGGAGUCGACAGGACUUCUUCCGCCACGUCCAGCUUCCCUAGACGACGAGGCGCUGAUGGACUGCUACACGGAGCUCUCAAGACUGCACUUCGAGCUUCAAAAGCGGAAGUCAAGGCUAAUUAGACCAUUUUAG